AGACAACGUGACUUGGCAUGAGAGGUGUUGACACGCCAAGCCUUUACCAUCGCUGGUCAGGGCUCGCAUUAUAUGUGAGGGAUUGAAACCUUAGUGCUGGGCAAGGCUACUUUGGCGGACUGCUGGCUCCAGACGAUACACGCGUUGGCCCAACAAAAUCAAGCAAGCAGGACCACUAUUUCAGAGCACCUGUCUCAUCCAAUCUGGCAGGAACGGGCGCCGAACGGGCGCCAGCCUUGGCGCCUGUUGGCGCCAGCGUGCCCCUUAACCCAAUCUGCUACUCUGUACCCGGCCCUCGCCGCUGGCAUCACUUUAUUGCCAUGACAGUGGCAACCUAAAAAUCACUCAGGGAUUGUAGGGCAGUCCAGCAGUGGCGAUUUGGACUAGAGGUCUGGAUCCAGGACGCUGGCUCAGUAACCGUGUCAAAGUUACAGGUAAAAUGAAGUAGAAGUAAAUGUAGUCAGUUGUCAUUAGUGCAAGGUGUAAAUAGGACCCUGGUGAGCCCGCCUUAUCACCCCAGGCGACAAGUGUGCCGACAACACUGUCCAGAGCUCCAGACUGAAACUGCAUUGACAACAAACAAAUUGUUAUCGCACUCGAGUUAUCACUCCAACUACCAAGCGUUGACAGCGUGCACUACCUCACGCAUGCCUGCGCCGAAGCUCACCUAGGUAGUGCACGCUGCGCCGCACAAUCAGCCUAGGGCGCGAUCACGGAUGUGUAGACUUUAACAGCGGACCCAUGGCGGGGGCUGGCGACCGCUGGUCGCAACCCUACACGGGCCAUGGCGCGGGUGCAGGUGCGAUGGCCGCGCUGCUGCGGUAUCGCUCGGCGGUCCAGUCGCGGCGUGAGGCCUGGUCACAGCCGGAACGGCCCCCAGUGUUCCCCUCAACACCAGAGCAGCCCUACUCACUGGCGACAUGCGGGCCGGGCGCCUUGGCUGCGGCAGCAGAGGCGCGGGGCUGGGCGGCAGCCUGGCCACUGCUGGAGGCGGUGCUUGCCGGGGACACAGACGCGGUGUCAGCCGUCCUGAACGGUUACGGCCACCGCCGCCGCUGCAACAGUAGCAGCGGCAUCGGCACAGCUCAGCAACAGCCUGAUGGGCUCGGGGGGAGCUGUGUACCCUCCUCGUCCCAGCAGCCACAGCAGCCGCAGCAGCCGCUGCCGGCGCUUGUGAACAUGGUGUGCUCUUGGGAGCCCCCGGGGUGCCGCAACUGUCCGCUGGACCCUGCUGCUGCCCGCGCCGUGCCCACCACCGCACCCGGUGCCGGCAUCUGCCCGGUUACUGCUGCCGGCGGCAAUGCGUGUGGGGAGGGUUUCAUCGGAGCCGCCAGUUUUGUGUCCGGGGUGCCGUACGGCUGCCCCGGGCUGCGACAGCUGUCGUACGCACGUGCCGGCUACCACCACGCGCUCCGUACACACGGCUACCUGGCAGCUGGCUGUACAGCCCUCAGUGCCGCGGCGGCGCUGGGCCACACCGCACUGGUCGGGCAGCUGCUGGCGGCGGGGGCAGACCCCAACCUACCAGACCAGGCGCCAGCGCUAGCACCAGCUGCCAGCAGGUCCGCAACCGGCGGCGCCGCCGGCGGUGGCGCCUGUACCGGCAGUGGCGGCUGCGGGUGCUACUGCCGGGGGGCUGUGGUGCGCCCGCUGGCGGCGGCGGCUGUGUGGGGCGAUGUCGAGGCGGUGCGGCUGCUGCUGGCGGCGGGGGCGGACCCACUGGCGACCAACUGCCUGGAGCUGGAGGUUUCAGAGGAGCUGGAGGUACGGCUGGAGAUGUCCGAGCAGGCGGGGCUGCAGUUGUCAGGUCCGGCAGGGCGCGCGCAUGGGCAGGGGCAGGGGUUGGCGUUGGGGUGCACGCGGGUACGGCUGGAGUUCACGGCGCUGGACGUGGCGCCCUCUUGGGAGGUGGCGCAGGCGCUGUUGCGGCAGGUAGCGGCGGCGGUGGAGGGCGCGACGCUGGGGCGUGGGCGGGCCGCCAGCACCAGCACCAGCAGCCCCGGCGGCUGCCUGGGUGUCGAUGGCAGCCUGGGCGGCCCUGGCGCCGCCAGUAGCAGCCGGCAUCCCGGGAGCGCUGCCGGCUGUAGCGGCCCCAGCCCCAGCACUAGCACUGAGAUGAUGGAGCGUGCGCUGGCUCGGCUAAUCAUGCAGCGGCAGGCGGCGCGCGCCACCCGCCGACCGGGUAGCGACGGCGGCGGCGGCAGCGAUGGCGGCGGCGCGGCCGUGUGCUGCUGCCGUGUGCCGGCGGCGCUGCUCACACUGGCCAUGGUCCAGCAGCUGGCGGAGGAGGAUGCAGCGCGGCUGCAGCAGGCAGCGGCGGCGGCGGCGGCGGCGCCAGUGGCGGCGGAGGAGGAGGUGACCGCCCCGCCACGUCAGCAGCUGUCGUCACAGCGGCACUGUACGCACCAGCCCUCGGGUUCCGCGGCGGCACCAGGUCCUGAGGACGGAGCCGGCGGGGGCGGCGCGGGCGGUGGCGACUACGUGGCGGCAGCUUGGUCCAAGGCCGGGGCGGGGGACAGCAGCGCCGCCGCUGCCGCCAUAGUGGCGGUUGUGGCGGGCCCCCUGCUGGGCGCGACCGCCGCUUUGGCACAUGACCAGCUCCUCCAAGCGCCGCAGCAGCAGCAGCAGCAGCAGCAGCAGCAGCAGCAGCAGCAGCAGCAGCAGCAGCAGCAGCAGCAGCAGCAGCCGCAAGUGCCGCCGCCGCAGCAGCCGCAGCAGCAGCAAGAGCAGCCCCUGCACCUAUUGAACGAGCUCGAUAUUGAGAAAGGGCUGCAGGCGCUCCAGCAGGCCCUGCCGCCACCACCGCCGCUGCGGCCGCCACGUGUUAGCAGUGACGGGGCCACUACUGCUGGCGCCGGAGCCAGCGUCCGGACUGCUGCCGUCAGGGCCGCCUCUAUGCCUUUGCCGCCACCGCCGUCCCUCGCACCGCCGCCAUCUGCACCGACGACCCAACUGCCCUCUCCUGCUCCGGCUGUGCCAGUGUCCGUACCCAUGGCCGUACCCAUGGCCGUACCCGUGCCUGGCCAGGCUAGCACCGCCACGCACGUGCCCCAGAGGCCGCGGCCGUUGAGGCUCCAGAGCGCUUCCUUUCGGCCCAAUUACUGGGCGUCUGGCAGCGGCUCUGCUGGCGGCGCCGGCGGCGGAGCCGCCGGGGGCGGCGGCAGCUGGCUGCCUGCGGAUUUGGACUGCCUGUGGCGGCGUCACUGGCUCCUGCACGCCGCUGACGCCCGGCUGGGGGAGCUGUGGUCGCGGCUGCUGGCGGCGGAUGUGGCAGCAGUGGCCGCCGCCGCCACCGCCGCAGGCCGCUGGGGUGCAGCCGCGGGGGGUCCUGAUGCUGCAGCCGCUGCAGCAGCCGGCACAGCGGCAACUGUGCACGAGGAGGACGGCAGUAGCAGGUGGCAGGCCAUGGCGGCAGUAGCAGGUGGUGUUUCGCCUAGCGGGGGCGUUUUUGGCGACGGUGCCCGGUGUCUCAACCUACCGGGGCCAGCGGACGUGGCAGCUGCGGCGCCGGCGCCGGCAGCGGCAUCGGCACAGGCAGCAGGGACGGGGGCAACGGCGCUGGCUCGGCGGCAGCAGCAGCACCGCUCUGUCAGCAUGCUACUGCCGGUGCUUGAGACCACGCCGUUCACCACUGCGCCGCCGUCGGCCGAGGGGCCGCCGCCGCCGGACACGCCUACCGUGGCCAUCCUGGCCUCGGGGGAAUCUGCGCCGAGGGGGUCAACAGCGGGCGCGCCUGGCUGCGCAGCAGGAAGCAGCAGCCGCGGUGCCGUGGUCACGAGGUCAGGCGAGGCGGCGGCGCAAAGCGGCGGGGCCGGCAAGGGGGACUGGGGUGGCGCUGCCUCUGGAGGCUUGUCCGCAGCAGCAACAGCGGCUGGGCUCCUAUCGCAGCAGCAGCUUUGCCGCUGCGAUUGCGACUGCGUGUGCGUCCAAGCAGCGGCGCUGCAGCAGCUGGCCGCGUCAGCGGCGGCGAUGCAGUUGUCAGUGGAUGUGUGUGACCUGGUGGCGGUGGGGACCGGUGUCUGCCCUGCCGGGGCGGCGACAGCAGCAGCAGCAGCAGCAGCAGCAGCAGCAGCAGCAGCAGCAGCAGCAGCAGCAGCAGCAGCAGCAGCAGCAGCAGCAGCAGCAGCGGAGAGGGCGGGGCGCCAAGGUGAUGCGCCUGGUGCUGCCGUCGCCGCCGGAGCCCCGGACGGGGUUUCAAACGGGGCUGCAGACACGCGCAGACCCACGACGCCCUUCCAAAUGGCCGCUGACGCCUCGGCGCAUGCGGCGAAGGCGCGGGCUGCUGACGCGGCGGCAGGCAGUGGCCGCGAAGCCCCCUCGCCUUUCGCCGCCGCAAGCUCCGCCGCCGCUGUGGCGCUGGGACCUGCAACAGCAGCUAGGAGUGAUGGCGGCGGCGGUGGCGGCGGUGGCGGCAGCUGUGGCGGCGGCGGCGACGGCGGCGGUGGCGGCGCGGCGGCGGGGAGCAGCGCGGCACUCGGCUGCGCCGCUGCUGCCAUGGAGCAGCGGACUGCUGCGCACAGCGCCGCCGGCGCCGUAGAGCAGUACGACGCCCUGCGAUCUGUCGUACUCACCAGCCUGGCGGCGCUGGGGUGCACGGGCGCGGCGCGCCGCCGGCUGCCUGCCGCGUCCCUGGAUGCGGUGUUGCCGGGCCUGUCGCCACAGCAGCGGGCGGAGUGGCUGCGGCGUGUGUACCGCCGACUGUGGGCGCGUGGGGGCCUGAACCCACUUCAGUCGGUCUCCGCGGUUGGGGCCAAUGAAAGCGGCGGUGGGGGCGCAGCAGCAGCAGCAGCAGGAGGAGGAGCAGGAGCAGGCGGAGGGCCCGGCGGCGCUGUGUUGUUGCGUGCGGGCAGUGGAGGCGGCUUGCAGCAGGGCCUGUCGCCGCUCUCGAGACUGCAAAGCCGUGGCAGCGCUGCCUCCGACGACCUGGCGUCAUCACCGGUGCUGUCGCCGAUGCUGUCUGCCGCCGCCGCGCCUGCUGUGGCGGGCACUGCAGGGAUCAGCCGCCAGACGUCCGCUCCCGGACUGUCGGGGGCCGUGCCUGCGGGCGUGGCAGCCGGCGGCGCAACUCCCACUACCGCCGCCGCGGUUGCGGCUGCGCCGCAGCCGCUGCUGCGCUGGCCUGUUGCCGACGAGUGGCACACCGUGUUGGACAUCUACCACGACCUCUUCGCGCCGCCCGGCCGCAUGCCGCGCCCACCACACCUCGAGCCCAACGGCCAACCGUCAUCGUGGUCCGACUGGCGGGCCGCCGCCAUGCCGUACGAACUGUACGGCAGCGCCUUCGACGCGGCCUUCCACUCGACGCCGUCAGAUCUCGCGGUGGCGGCGGCGGCGCUGUCGUACUCACUCGCCAAGCUGGCGGACCGGGCGGCGCGCGCCGAGGCUGGCGAGCUGCUGCUGCUGGCGUCAGCAGGUGGCGGCGGCGGCGGCGGAGGGAUGGAGGCGGCGGGAGCGGCUGGCGUAAGCACAAGCAAGCGCUGGGGUGGCGCGUCCCUGCGCCGCAGCCGCACCAGCAGUUUAUUUGACGGUUUGUUGACAGGAGGUGGUGGCGGCGGCGGUGGGCUGGCGGGGGCGGGCCGGCCAGCACAGUUCCUUAGCCCGGCUCAGGUGCGGCAGGCUGUCGACGGCGCGUGGGCAUUCAUCCUCGAGGAGGGGCUGCCGUGUGUGUUUAACACGUUGGCGUCGGAUCUCUUCCACGGUGGCAGUAGCAGCGGCAGUAGCAGCAGCAGCGCUAUGGAGGGCGGCGGGGCGGCGGGGGCUGUAGCCGCGGCGUCAGCGGUCUGCUGCUGGCACGGCGAUGCGCUGGCUGCACGCCUGGUGUGCUGUGCAUCAGCAGGCGUGGUGGCGCAGACGAUUCUGCACGGCGCUACAGCAGCUGCUGCUGGCUCUGGCAGUGGCGGUGGCGAUGGCGGUGGUGGUGGCAGUGGCGGCCCAUCGUGCCCGCCCUGGGGCGAUCCUCAUGCCGAGUGGCUGGCACGACUUUCCGACGUGCUACAGCGACUGGGACACACGCCCUUCCCACUGCCCCGUGCACCCCAACCUCCAACCGCUCAGCCGCCGCCGCCGCCGCCGCCGCAGCAGCAGCAGCAGCAAUUACCGCCGCAACCACCGCUGCGGCCAUCCCAAACAGCCCCACAGCCGCACUCGCAGCUGCAAUCACCGGCGUGGAAGCCGAGCGCUUCGUUGCCCCUGCCCACAACACCACCACACGUUGCCAGCCGGUCCUCCCAGCAGCCCACAGCAGCCCCUACACCCGCCCCUCUGCCGCGCCCCGUGCCCAUCCCUCGACCGCCCAUCGCACCGUCGCUGCUACCGUCACCCGCCGCCCCGGCGCCGCACGGCUCUGCGGCCGCACCCCAGCAGCUCCACCACCAUCACCACGAACGCGUCUUGUUCGGCCGGCGCAGCCGCACCUCUAGCUCCGGCCUCACAGCUACAGCCGAUGUCGCACAGCCGCUGCCAUCUCCGCAACAGCAGCAGCAGCAGCCGUGGCUGCAUGCGCCCCACAGCAAUGGCGCUGCAGCUGCCGGGCAGGCGUCGUGGUCGCUUCCACCUCCUGCUAACAGCAGCCCGCCUGCCGCCGCCGCCGCCGCCGCCGCCGCCGCUGCCGCCGGCAAGCACGAGGGCGAUGACCCGCGGCCGGGCCUCACCGCUAGCCUGCCGCGCCGGCGUGAGUGGCAGCUCAUGCGGUUGCUCACACGCGUUGUGCGCCGGCAGCUGCCGCAGCUGCCACACGGCAGUAGCAGUACCGCCGGCAGUAGCAGCCGCGGCGGCGGACACGGGCAUGGCUUUCCGCCGCCGCCGCCGCCGCCGCCGCCUGUGGGCGACCCGGCACGCGGCACGGGCACAGGUGACGGCAACGGCAAAGGUGACGGCAACGGCCCGGCGGAGGAUCAUCAGGGCCCUGGCGGCCUCGUACCACGCCACCUGGCAGCGGCGGCGGCGGCGCCUGGAUCACGGUGGCGGCUGGAGCGGCGGCGGCAGUUGGUGCUGGCGGCGGCGGUUAGCGCGAUGGCGGCGCCGCUGUACGGCGCGGCCAACUUGCGGGCGGCGGCCCGCGGGACCAGCAGCGGUGUAAGCGGCGGCGGCAGCCGCAAUGGAGCAGCAGCAGCGGCUAAGGCCGGGCACAGCUCGGCCGGCGCAGUUGCGGCCUGUGCCGGUGCUGGUGAUGGUGGGUUUGAGGAUGACGGCAGUAGCAGUGGGAUGCAGCUUCAGCCGCGUGUCCUGCUGGCGGCGCUGGCACCGCUGUCGGUACUGCUGGAGGCGAGGUGCGAGCUGGCCACGGCAGUAGCAGCUCACCCAGGCCUGCUGGCGGCAGUAGCAGCCCCGCUGCCGCCGCCGCCGCCGCAGCCCCCGCUACAGGCCCAAUCGCGAGUGCCGUACCGCGCGGCGGCCGUGGAGGCGGCGGGCGGGGCUGGGGCACGUGCCAGCACUGCCGCCGCACUGCCACCGGCCGCCGUGCUGCCUGUGGCGUCAGGGGCGGAGGCGCCGGGCGCGGCGGGGCGCGGGAGCCGGGAGCGGCCCUCCCUCUGGGGCAGGCUGCGGGCCCUGGCCGGCACGGCCCUGCGCCGCCACGUGGCUCUGCUGCAGCUGUGCUGCGGCGGCCCCGUGCUCGCCUGGAAGCAGCUGCUGGUCAGUGCGCCCGAUGGCCUGCCGCGGCGCCUGUCGCGCCUCUCCGCCGGCCCCACCCGGCAGCUGCUGGAGGCGGCGGCGCCGCUGCUGCUGCCGCGCGGGCGCCUGCACCCCGAGCUAGCGGCGCUGCUGUGCCGCGCGGCCCUGGAGGUGGCGCCGGAUACGCAGCUGCUGCAGCGCUCGCUGGCGGCGCUGGCGGGGCGGCUGCGGGCGGUGCGGCCGGCGGCGGCGGCGCCAGAGCUGAGGCUGCUGAUUGGGUCGUUGCUGCGGCACCGGCCGCGACACGUGGCUGGGCUGCUGAUACGCACCGGGCUAGGCUACCCCGCGGCAGCGGGCGCGGCAUGGAGCUCGCCUGCUACAGCCGGCAACUGCGGGCCCGGCAGUAGCAGCAGUAGCAGUGGCAGUGGCGGCAGUGUCCUUGCGUUAAAAACGACGCUGCAGUCCUGGUGGUGGCGGCCGCCGCACAGGCUGCAGCAACGCUGGAAUCUGAACAGCCUGACUCCCAUGCGUGCCCAGGCGGCGGAGCUGCUACAGCUACAGCCGCAGCUACAGCCACCGCCGCAGAUGCAGAGCGCCGGCAGUAGCAGCGGUGCAAGCAGCAGCGGCAGUAGCAGACACCAGGGGCAGCAGCAGCAGCAGCAGCAGCACUUGAGCGGGGACGCACUGCUAGGACUGCUGGGGGCGGACAGCGAGACGGGCCGGGUGAUGCGAAUGCGGCUGGACGUGUUGGCACGUGCCGACGGCGUGGGAGCGCUGCUGCGGACCAUGCUCAGCACCACACUGCACCCCACCGCCUUUGGAGACGCUGACAGUGUGGAGCAGGGCGCGGUGGGCGGCGGCGCGGCAAGGCGGCACCGGGGCCGGCGGCGCGGCGGCGGCGGCGGCGGCGGCUUUGGAGCGGCAGGCAGCUGGGCAGGCGGCGGCGGCGGAGGCGAUGCGCCGGUAGGGCACGGUUUGGACGGCUUCAGCUUCUACAUGCUCACGAGUGAUGUGGACAUGGACUACAGUGACAGCGCCACUGAUGAUGGGGAUGGGGAUGAGGAUGGAGAUGGGGAUGAUUGGGAGCCGGGCCGGAGCUCCGCACACGCCGCCAGCGCCGGCACAGCUGCAGUCGCCGGCUACGGCAACAGUGGCGCCGCGGCCGCUCCUGCGGGGGCUGGCAGCGGCGGUGGCAAGGCGGCACGUUCGGCGGUGGCAGCGGUGUCGCGGUGGGAGCUUGGGUCAGGUUCCAGCGGCUUCUUCUUCCCCGGUGUGGCCCACUGGUGGCCCAAAUGGCCGCGCUUCCUGCUGUCGCUCAUCGGCGGCGUGCUGGGCCGGCGGCUGGGCGGCGCGGGCGGCGACGUAGGGCUGCUGCAUGCGGCCAUGUGCCAGGCAGCCAAGGCUAGGCUGGUGGCGGCGGUGGCUUUGGGCGCCCAGGGAUGUACGGGUGUGGGGCUGCUACUGGGGCUGGGCUACCUGCUGUGUACGGCGGCGGCGCUGGUGGCGGCGGCGUGGAGCCUGUUGUGGGUGGUGCUGUGGGCGUGUGCGGUGCGGCUGGUGGACCGGGCGCUGGCACUGAUGCUGGGCCACAGGGCCGGAGGCGGAGGUGGAGGCGGAGGCGGAGGCGGAGGAGGUGGGGAGGGUGGGAGAGGAGGAGGCGAGGCCGCAGCGAAUGCCAGUAAGGGCGCACCGCAGCUGCGCCGAAGUGGCGGGCGUGGGAGUGGUGGCAAAGAAGGCAGUGAGGCGCAGGAGGAGGAGGCGGCGGCGGCGGCGCGGCAGUCACGGCGGUUCCUGGCUGGUGCAGGUCAGCUGUACGGCGCUGUGUGGCAGUACCUGGUCAACCUGCCGCAGUACAUUCGCCGCGAGCCCGAGGUGCGCCCCUCCGACAUGUUUGUUCACCCCGUGGCCCUGCGCUGCCCGCUGCUGCCCGGCCUGUCGGACGCACUGGUGCCCACCUACCGCCCGCUGCUGGCGGCGCUGCUGCGAGACGACCGCGCGCCGCUGGAGGUGUGGCGGCAGCCGGCGCUGGUGGUGCUGGUGCUGCACGUGUGGAAGCGCUUCACCAGGCACGUGGUGUUCCUGAUGUUCCUGCAGCGGGCCUGUUUCACGGGGCUGUUCGUGGCGUACGCACUCAGCCUGGUCAGCCUGGACGACGUGGUGGUGGAGUCUGCGCCCUACCCGCCCCCGCCGUCCGCGCCCCCAGGCGCCGCCUUCGCGCCCUCGACGCCAGAUGCGCCCUCCGGUGCUGGCGGCGGCGGCGGCGGGGCGUACGGCAUCACCGCCGCGCACAGCCCGGCGGGUGUGUGUCCCACGCCGCUGCAGCAGGGCCUGCUGGUGCCGCUGUUCGUGCUCACGUUGGAGUACGCGGUGACUGAGCUGCGGCAGCUGUGUGCGGCGGGUCUGGCGGCCUGGGGCGCGCAGCCGUGGAACCUGCUGGACGCGGCCCAGCUGGGGCUGAUGGCGGCGGUGCUGGGCAGCCACUGGAGCUGCUGGGGCAGCCUCAACACACUCAAGGGCCUCAGCCAGGUGCUGGUGCUGCUGCUGUUCUGGCGGCUGCUGUACUACGCGCAGGGCCUGAGGCGCCUGGGCACCUUUGUGCGCAUGGUCCUGGACGUGACGUACGACCUGCGCAUGUUCUUCGUGUUCCUGGGGGUGGUGUACACGGGCUUCGGGCUGGCGCUCAUGGUGGUAUCGCCCGUCGCCUUCUCGGGCACCGACCCCGCCUCGGGCGACGCCGUGUCAGUGGGCCGGGCACGUGCCGUGUUCCUCAAGCUGUACGCCAUGGUGUACGGCGACUUCCAGGCCGAGCAACUGAUGUACCCGGGCACGGACUCUGCCGGCCUGUCCUCUCUCACCGCCGCCAUCACCGCGCUGUACAUGCUGGUGGUCACCGUCAUCCUGCUCAACAUCCUCAUCGCCAUCGUGGGCGACGCCUACGACCGCGUGCGCGCCGACGAGGCCGCCAACGACGUGCGCAGCAAGGCCGCGCUCAUCGUGGAGGUGGACCACCUGAUGCCGCAGUGGCUGCGGCGGCUGCGCGAUGAGCAGCUGCUCAAGUGCGACGCACUGCUGGUGCUGCAGCGCGAAGACGAGGUCCUCACCGACCACACGACCCACCAGCCCCGGCACCCACACCCACACGCGCACGCGCACCACCGCCACCGGCGCGGCAGCCGCCACAGCCGACGCGACCUCUCCGCGACCCACAGCCGCGGCAACGGCGGCGGCGCUGCUGCCGCCGACUGCAACACCGACCUUGACGGAGUCGGAGGCGGCGGCGACCGUGGCGGCGACGGCGACGGUGGCGGCGGCGUUAGCGGCGGCGCUGCGGUUGCCGCUGCCGCGGCGCCCCUCGCACGCAGCAGUACAUUGGUCAGCCAGGGAAGUGUACAGCAAGCGGAGCAGUCCAGACAGCAGCAGCAGCAGCAGGAGCGGCAGGAGCAGCAGGAGCGGCCUAAACGGCCUCUGAAUACCACCUGCGGCAGCUUCAGGUCAAGCACGGCCGCCACGGAUCGCGGCCGGGGCUACAGCCGCCGCCGUGGCCGCCGCGGCAGUAGCAGCAGCAGCGCCAGUAGCAGUGGCAGCUACAGCGGUAGCAGCAGCAGCUGGCUCAGUGACAUGGACGGCGGUGGCGGCUACCUCAGCGGCAGUAGCAGUGAUCUGGACGCUGGCGGCGGCGGCAGUGGCGGCGUGGGGGCUGUAGCAGGUGGUGGCGGCGGCGGCAGUGGCUCGGGUCGGCGGCUGGAGGCGUGGCUGCAGCAAAGCGAGUCGGGUCGCUGGCCGGCCUAUUCGGAGUGGCCCGGCGGCGGCGGCAGUAGCAGCGGGCAGUGGCAGGGGCGCUACGGUACGUUGAUGCGGGCGAUCCAGGAGAGUACGGCGACCACGCGUUGGGCGGCGGUGGCAGCGGCGGUGCGCAGCAAGCGGCAAUGGCUGUCGCUUCUGCGGAAGAGCGGCAGUAGCAGCCAUAGCAGCGGCACCGGUCGGGGACAGGGAGCUGGCAGUAGCAAUAGUUCGCCGGCGGCAGCGGGCGGAGUGCGGCAGGCACAGCCGGCGGUGGCCCGGAAGCAGCCGUCGCAGGCGGCAGCAGCAGGGGCGGCGGGUGAGGGUGCGGCGGUGUCGGGUGCAGCAACAGAGGCGGAGGCGUUGACGCCAGCAGCGGCGGCAGCAGUAGCAGCCUCCGCCUCCACGGCCGCUGCUGCCGCUGCUGCAGCGGCGGCGGCUGUAGCUGAGGUUCGCCAGCUGGUGGCGGGGCUGCAGUCGCAGCUGCUACUGCCGCGCGACAGCAUGCCGCCGCCGGCCUCGCCGCCGCCAGCCGGCGGCGAAGCCGCAUGCCAGGUCUGGGACUCGGGUGCGGCAAAUUUCACUCCGGCCUCAAGCAAGGCGGUGGCGGCGGCGGCGCAGGGGCUGCUGCCGCUGACGCAAUCGGCGCAGCCACUGGCGGAGGGGGCCGAGCAGCAGCAGGGGCAGGACCGGGUGCCAGCAAGCGAGGCCGCGCAGCAGCUCCACCAGCCGCAGCCGCAGCCAAGGCAGCCGCCUCAGCCGCAGGAGCUGCUUCGGUCCCUGGCACAGGAGCUCGGCAGCAGGCUGGCCAGGAUUGAGGCGGCGUUGGGUCUGGGCGCCGGCAGCAGCACAGAUGAACAGGAGCAGCAGCAGCGCCUGGGGGCGGCGCCGUAGGUGUGCGGUGGGACAGUGGUAAGGCAGGGUGGUGAAGUCCCGUCGGGUGCAGAUUAUUCCCAGACCACAGCAGAUGGCAGACACUUUGCAACGGCAGGGCAGGAGUGCGCGGCUGGUCGAACGCCGGAGUUACUGUACCGACGAGUUGCUGGCUGGCUGGAAGUUUGCUGACGCGCAUUCCUCACGCUCCGGCGCCGUAGGUGCAGCCGUGCGUUUGGCGUUGGGGUGAUGUGGCGUUGGGUUGUUGGGCGGGGUGUGGUGGACUGGGGUGGGCGCGUGUGGCAGCACUGUGGUGUGAUCGGGCGUGGGUGGGCUGGGUUGGGUGCCAUAUCGUGUGUACACUCAAAUGGCAUGCGUAGGGAGCUCGGGAUAGGCGCCGCAGCAUUGCUGCGUCGCCGCUUGACACUCGCAGAAGUGUACACUUGACCUAAGGUGGCAUUGGCACGUAUGGGUAGGGCCAAGGGUAGUGCUAGAGCUGCAGUACGAUGGUAGUCAGACUUCGGAGUCUUGGACAUGGAAUCAGGGGGGGGGGACAGAAGCGCUAGGAACAAAACUUGGCACGAACCUGUGCAAAACUUCGUGGGACCCCAGAACCGACCGACCGACCGACAACUUUGAGGGGUCCUAACUUUGCAUCCAGAAACCCAUUUUCAAUUUUGAAAGCGGAUUCGUGAUUUUCUCGUUGAGCUCUAUCCAUUUGAAGCAUGGGGUCUGUUUCGGAAGAUUCUACCCCCCCCUGAUGGAAUAGGGGUUGAGCAGGCCCAGGUAAGGCCUUUUGCGGCCAGGAGCCCACAGGGGUCGUAUCUUGUUUUUGGAGUGAUGUCUAGCUCCAGACAA